GUUAGACGUUCCCGAAUGGUUCUGCAAAUUUAUACCUCUAAAAGCGUCCACCAGGGUGGGAGCACACGUGCGAAAAUGGCAGUUUCGUCCAGAGAAUCAGGUUGGCCGAAAGGAAACACACAAUCGCAAUAUUCCGGAAGAUACAUAAGCAGUAAUAACAAUCGUAGCAUGGCUUUAAGUCGAACUGUUCCACUCUAUCCUUUAACAAACUAUACAUUUGGAACAAAAGAACCAUUAUAUGAAAGAGAUAGUUCUGUUCCUGCAAGAUUUCAAAGAAUGAGGCGUGAAUUUGAUAAAUUUGGAAUGCGACAUUCUGCAGAAAGUGUAUUGUUGGUUCACGAACAUGGUUUGCCACAUGUGUUGUUACUUCAACUUGGAACAACAUUUUUCAAAUUACCAGGAGGAGAGUUGGAAGCAGGUGAAGAUGAUGUUGAAGGCUUAAAACGAUUGAUGACUGAAAUUUUAGGACGUCAAGAUGGAGUACAGCAAGAUUGGUUAAUAGAAGAUGUUGUUGGAAAUUGGUGGAGACCAAAUUUUGAGCCUCCUCAGUAUCCAUAUAUUCCCCCACAUGUAACAAAACCAAAGGAGCAUAAGAAAUUAUUUUUUGUUCAACUCCCAGAGCGAGCUUUGUUUGCAGUUCCAAAAAAUUACAAGUUAGUAGCUGCUCCUUUAUUUGAAUUAUAUGAUAAUUCACAAGGAUAUGGACCAAUUAUAUCUAGUUUACCCCAGUCAUUAAGCAGAUGUCUGUCAAAAGCUAUAAUGUGAGUUCUUUAGUAUUUA